CUGACUUUGUUUCUUGACGAAGCUUUAUGUAUGUACCACGAAGAAGAAGGUGGAAAGAUGGCUGCGGCCAUGGUGCAAAUGUCUUGUUUGUACCGUGGGAUGCUAGCAGUCAGGGCAACUGGAAUCCGACCGUUCAUACCAGGCCUGGUGCCGUCACAGUUUAGAGCAUUUUCUGUGAAGAAAGUGAGAGAGCCGGAACUGGAGGAAAAUCCGUAUUAUAAUAAAUAUCAGGAGAAGAUCAGGAAGCUACGGAGUGCCAAACCUCAGGAGUUCAAUGCUCGGCUCGAGAAGCUGAAUAAAGUCAAACAGGAACCACUCGGACACUCCAAACAAUCAGAGUUUGUCAAAGUCAUGGAGCAAGAGUUGGAGAAGCGUGAAAAGCAAGCAGAUGGUUCUGGCAGAUUCACCAAAGACAAGACCCUCGGAUCUAUUCUCAACUUGGACUUGAUCCAGGAUAUGUCAGGAGAGGAAAUUUCAGAGCUAUGGAGGCAGUAUUAUUCAACAAAGGACACUAUAAGUGCUGUCAUUCCAUCUCACAGUUUUGAAGUGAUUUUCAACAGAGCCAAGUCCAACCCUGUGUUCCUGUACGCUCUACCUCAGGCGGAGGGUUAUGAGUUCUUCCUGGGCCAGUGGUCAGGCCACCAGCUCCAUUUUACCUCGCUCAUCAAUGUCCAGACCAUGGGGGAACACGCUCCCAGUCAGUUGAUCCUCUACCACUACUCGGACCUGCAGGAGGACAAGGGCGUGGUGCUCAUGACUGCCGAGAUGGACCCCAAGUUCAUGACUGUGCAUUUGGCUCAGUGUUUGGCCAAUCAGGUGCAGCUUUUCUAUGGAACCCAGCGGCAGGAAAUCUUCCGAUUGGUGGAGACCUUCAACCACAAACCAGCUGACUUCAAACACAUGGCAGUGAUAGCUGAGUUAGAACAGAGUGGUGUCAGCCCGGCUCUCACCUCUGGGAAGUAGAUCAAGAAUUGUCGGACUGUGAAAUUGUGUUCUAACUCAACAAGGGAUUGGAAUCUCCAGGGGACAUGGUCAUUUAUUUGGAGCCCAUUCUUGCAUUUGCGAAGGAUAAGGGAUGAUUUCCUUUACUUGGGACUUAUGACCUGGAUGAGCAGAUUCAUCACCCUUAAUACUAAAUCCUUGCGCGUAUAAUGUAAUUAAUCAGUGCUAUUUAAUCUUAUGAAUGCCUUAAAUGUUCUUCCUCACCCCACCCUGACCAUCUUUCUUUUGUACAAACCUUACCUUUGAUGGUAGUCUUUUUCUUGUCAGAACCCAGGCUCCAAAGCAAAACAACAUUCUGUACAUAGUCAAUCCUGGUCAGGUUUUUUUGGAGCUGCAACUGGGACUGAGUUGGUUACAUCUGCUUUUAGGACCAUCGACAGAAGGACAGGUUUUUCUACCAUAUGACCCACCCAUAUAGAUUUAGUUUCGACAUACAAAUAGCUACCCGCAAAAACAAAAAUUAAUUAAUGCAUCUAGAGAUAAUCCAUCAAAUUCUUAACUUCAGGCUCCUGCAGUAAUUACAUUUAUGGGCCUGCUUCUUUAAGCCCCUUUAACAUUACCACUCUAUAUACAGUAUACUUAUGCAUUAAAAGGGUCACUCCCACUAGUAAAUAAAUUCCACACACAUACCUGCUUCCACUUUUUGUAGGCUGUCCAUCAAUGAUCAACCGGGAUGUUGUUCUUAUCCACGAAACCCCACAAAUAAUUCCAAUGCAGGGUAGUAGUUAUGCAAAAUUAUAUAAAAAGAAUUGUUCUGAACUGCAAGCCGACCCACAGGUUGGUGUACAGUCUCUUUUUAAACCGGGUGGUUCAAAUUCUGAAUGCUGAUUGGCUGAUAGCUGUUGUAUAUGAGGUUAUUUCACAUCACAUAUUUCACGUUCAUAAUAAGCUAAAUAACAACCCGGUAUGUAAGGCUGUGAAAACAGAUGCUUUUCUGUUGGAAUAGAGGCUAGACUAGUUGCUUAAUGUAAACAAAAGGUUUAAGUGCAUUGGAAGGAUUUAAAAUGCAUCACAGUUAACUGGCAAAAAAAUUAUUUAUUUUUUCUUGGUAGCCUAUAUCAUGGAUGAGUCAUGCAGGCUAAUAUUCAAGACAUGGACGUUUCUGUAAUGCCAUUCAAAGACAUGGGCUUCUGAACCUAUAAGGACUGACUGUCUGCAAAUGUCUGUUUUACAAUGGAAUUUUCUGAACGAGUUUUACUUUACGGAAUACAUUGUCGCCUGUGUAAAUUGUUCUCCCUUAGCAGAAUGAUUGCCGAUGUUUGUGGCUGUGUAUUCAGAGUAGAUAAUAUUCUCACUAGCAGAUGUCUGCAAGUGUCCGGGGGAAGUGGUAACAACCCUGAAAAUGCAGUGCUGGGAAUGCAAAUUAUAGGCCAACCAAUCAUGUAUCCCAGGACUAUCAUAGUACCACUGUCAACGGACUUGUAAUGAACAUGUCCAGCUGUCACACAGAAACCGAUCACACACACUCAUUGACACCACAAAUAUUAAGUUGCUUAGAUUGUAAGUUCAUUGCAUAAAAAAAUAAAUAUAUUGCCACACUAAUUGUUAUAGAUUAACAUUGUGUUCUCAAUAAAGAACUUGAUUUUC